AAAGCAGGGGGUCAAAAAUACUGCCGGACCAAUAUGGCGGUUAAGUAUUUUUCAAAGCAAAGCUAAAAGUAGUUAUUAUUUAGCCUUUACCUCUAUUCCCUGUGUGAGAAUAUUCACACUAGGUCAUGGAAAAUCACUAAAUCUUUCCGUAGACGACAUAUUUAGUGCAGUGAAUUAACGGAAACUUGAAGAUUUAACAAGCCUGUACAUGCUAACGUUAGCUAGUUAGCUGGUUAGCUUAUCUUCAGUAACGGUAUCUGCUGUAGCUCCGGUUAAUAUGUGGGGGGAAAUAGAUCCUCCCGUUAAACCACCACCCAGUCUGAGUGAGAAUAAAUUCAAGAGCAAAUUACCAGAAGAACCAGAGGCCCGGAAAUGUGGCUUAAACAGAUCUACAGACUCCCAGCAGCCCCCGGAGGAAUCCCAGGUUAUUAUACCGGGUGUAAGUCCGGCUGAGUCCAUCUGUGUGAAUGCGAUGAUCGAAGCUCUAGCUGUGAGUGGGAGUCUGGUGAAGAGUCAGCAGAUCGGAGAGGCUGAACUCACUCUGAAUGAGCGUAAAGAGGAGCUGCUGCGUCAGUACAGGAGCAGACCCCUGGUGUUCCUGGAGAGAUACCAUGCCUGCUUGAAGCCUCAGCACCUUCCAGCGUUUGCCCACGUCAGCUCAGACCCACGAACACAGCACUACAGCAAAGUGAUCCAGAGACGAGCUGCAGGAUGCCCCGACAGGACCAGAGUCAGAAACCAGCGCUAUGCUGCCCUCAGGGCUCUGCAGAAGGAGGGUCAGUAUUUCAGUGAGGAGGAGAUGCGGAUGAGAGAGCCGCUGCUGUAUGAACAGUACAUCGGCCAGUACCUGACUGAUGAAGAGGUGAUGGAGCGCUCCCAGGAGGCCAUGCUGGACGGUGCUCAGGGAGGACCAGGGGCUCCAGCCGGAGGAACGGGAGGACUGGCCAACCUCCUCCUCAACUCCUACCAGGAGCGCCUCAUCCAGAACCGUCUGCAGGUGGAGCAGGAGAGGGAGGAGGGAGCGCUGGAGGAGGACGAGGAUGACGAAGAUGAUGAUGAUGGAGUCCAGCAGAAAGGAUGGGAGCCAAACCCAGAGGAGAAGGCUCUGCUCAGGGAGGAGUUCAUUAGUCAGAUGCACCAACGUUUCCUCGAUGGAAAAGACAAAGACUUCAACUACAGUGAGGUGGAUGAGAAUCCAGACUACGACAACCUGGACAUCGUCAGCAGAGAUGCAGAGGAUAAAUAUUUUGAUGAAGACGAUGAAGAAGAGGAGGAAGAAAACAUGACAGAAUAGCAUGUGUUCUAUUAAUAACUCCUGUUUGAUUGAACUGUAAAUAUAAAUGUACAAAAGAAGAAGGAGGAUUCUGUUUCUUUUUUAUUUUUACAUCUGAUUGUAAUAAAUAUUAUUUUGGGUCUUUUGAAA